AUGGCGUCGUCAAAUGGACUAUCGACCUCAAAGAGACGACCGGUCAGGAGACGGUUGCCUCCACUGGGACCCGGGCCCAACCUUCGUUUUGUUGUCGCCAACCAUCCUGAUCAGUUCAGAGCUGGAAAGACGAUGCGGCAUGUCCGUUCGCAUGUUAUGUACAAACAUCGAACUGGGAGGAUGACGGUUUCGAAUGAUAGGCCAAGCACUGGCCUGCACAGGAGCGCAUCUGAACGUGCACAAAGCACGCCAAUACCAACUGUUUCUACUUCAGAAGCAACCUCUCACGAUAUCGAUCUUCUCGUACCACCGCAGUUGAGACCGCGCAGUAGUACCUGGACCGGAAUCUCGCUCGACCGCAGGUCCAACACUCCAACUCCUUUCGAGUUGCAGACAACCGUCCAUCGAACCGUGCUUCUGACAGCAGCAGCAUCCGCUCAAAGCGCUCCAUCUGCUUUUGGGGAUGUCUCAGCAUUCCCUUUUCCGGGCACAUACAGUGCGAGCGAAAGCCAGCUCGAUGCUUUGAAACGGCAUUACAUUAACAGCUGCAGCCUCUUUUGCAACGAUCGGCAAUGUCUGGAGCACAUCUGCUCUGAUCCUAUGACGUUCCUCAGUCAUGUCAGCGUAUCUUGCGUUUACCAAGACCUUAUGAACGGCCUUGUACACGAUAGCAACACAACAAUGUCCGCCAAAACUCGUGUCCUUGGUGGAAUGGCAGAUCAGCUCAAGGCAAAUGAUGCUACGAUACUCACCACACUGCACUUGCUGCUCAGUGAGGCUGGCAGCAGCGAGGAGUCGGCCUUUCAGGUACAUUUUCGGGGAUUGAACGGCUUGAUACACAGGAGGGGUGGGCUGAGCCAAGUGCCACCUCCGUUGGCCACCUACGUGACCCUACUUCUGACAACACUGGCCAUGCUCAAAGGACUGAACGGACCAUCCAUAUUGCCCGCAACCAGUAUUACCUCUCACCAUGCAGGAAAUUACUGUCCGUACAUCUCACCAUUGUACUCGCCUCAUGGAGACUUUGCCACGCUCCGAGACAGUUGCUCCGCCCACACACUCAACAUCAUCACCGACAUGUACGGGCUUUCUCACGCUCCGCUCGACCGGAACGACAGCACCGACAUGGAGCAAGCGUCGCCCAACCACGACCAAGGAAGCAACCGCCUCUUCCACAGCCUGUCGACGAAACAUACCCAGCCGUGGGACUGGAUCCACGAAGCCGUCCGCCUGGCAUCACUGAUACACACGCACGCUCUCCUCCACGGAACCACGCUGGCAAACGCCGCAAACACAACACACCACGACGCCACCACCACCCCAGGCGCUGCAACACUGCUGCAUCUCCUCCUCAACGCGCUCGAGCGCACCGACACGACGCACUGCUGGGGCCCCAUGCGCGGCGUCUUCCUGUGGGUGUGUCUCCUCGGCGGCGCAGCAUCAUGGACACCUACCGGCCCCGGCAGCGAGUCGGGCGAGUCGACCCAGCCGGUCUCGGCCCGUGUGGCAUGGGCGAGGAAAUGCUUCUCGCUGUGGGCGAUCCGCGCCGUUGUGAGGAUUGGGUUCGCGCACGCGGACGCGACGAUGGAGGCGCUGGGUGCUGCACUGCGGAUCCAAGACGCGCUGGACGGGAGGGGAGGGCCGCGUUGUAUCGACUACACUGCUGUGUAG